AUGGCUUCAACACCCGAACAACAGUUUGCUGAACUCGCUAAGAUCGAAGGCCAUGUAGAGGAGGCCACCAUCGCAAGCGUCUACGAUCAGCUGAAGGCUGUCGCCCCAGAGCUCCUAGUUGGCCAGUGGGUAGGAGGCAGUUUCGACACGGGACAUCCGACCCACUUGCAACUUCGCAACUUCAAAUGGGCGGGCAAAGACUUCCGGUCCGUCGAUGAUGUAGAUCCAAUCAUGCGAUACGAGGAAGACGGCAAACGAACAUGGUUUUCUGAUUAUGGCCAUGCGCGAGUCCGAGAGGUGAAGUUCAGGGGUGUUGUAACCGCAGCAAUGGUGUAUGACAAGUUCCCCAUCAUUGACGCGUUCCGCUAUGUCGACGAAAACACGGUGGUCGGUGCUAUGGACAAUAAGGAACUUCAGUCAGGGACAUACUACUUCUAUCUGAGAAGAAGGGGACAGAGCAAGGCCUAG